CCCGCAGCCCCCGCCUCGCUGGUCCCAAGGAAGGAAACGUGGCGCGGAUGGAAGACGGAGGAAGAAUGAAGCCGAUUCACCCGUUUUUGAUGAAAACAAGUACAGGCCUUCCGACAGCAGGCUGGACAGUUUUACAACGCCAGAAGGGCCUGGACCCCUUUCCCGCUGCUCAGAUUGGGGAACUGCAGUGGAAGAAGAUGAAAUGAGGACCAGUGUUAACAAAGAAAUGGCGAGGUACAGAAGAAAACUCCUGAUAAAUGAAUUUUCAAGAGAAAGGAAGUCCUCCUCUGGAAGUUCUGAUUCAAAGGAGUCCACUGUGACAGUAGAACUGGAAACAGAUGAAGUGGUUUUGAUGAGAAGACAAAAACAGAUAAACUAUGGAAAAAACACCAUUGCGUAUGACAGAUACAUUAAAGAAGUCCCUAGAUGCCAUCGUAUACCAGGAGUUCAUCCCAGAACUCCAAAUAAAUUUAAGAAGUACAGCCGCAGGUCAUGGGACCAGCAAAUUAAACUGUGGAAAGUUGCACUGCAUUCCUGGGAUCCACCUGCUGAGGAAGGAUGUGAUCUGCAAGAAAUUAGUCCUGUCGACCUUGGUGAGAUGGAGACAGAAUCUGUUGGGAGCAAUUCUUCUGAAUCUCAAACGAGCUGUCAAGAUAAUGAUGAUACCCAUUCUGGCACUCCCACCAAAGUUAGACACGUUGACUCUCAAGCAGAAGGUGAAUUUGACUUGGAAGUGUGUUUGAGUGAACCUCUUAAAGAUUUCGAUACUGUGAGUUAAAUAAUCCCGUGCAAACUGUUUUAGAGGAAGUUUCUUUUAAAUUUGAGA